GUUACCAUAGAGCUCUACCGACAACAUCGGCCUUUUCCUCUUCAAGCCCCGCCCACUCCGUUUACUCCGCCCAUCCAGGCGCCGGGAAGCUUCUGGGCGCGCGCGCUGCAUCCUGGGAAGGGACCGUUAGCCAUAGGGGCGCCGCCAAGAUGAUGCCCACACCUGUUAUCCUGCUGAAGGAAGGCACAGACACCUCUCAGGGGACCCCACAGCUGGUCAGUAACAUCAAUGCCUGCCAAGUCAUUGCAGAAGCUGUCCGCACCACACUUGGGCCCCGGGGCAUGGAUAAGCUCAUCGUUGAUGACCGAGGUAAAGCAACAAUUUCUAAUGAUGGCGCCACCAUCCUGAAGCUUCUUGAUGUGGUACAUCCUGCUGCAAAGACACUAGUGGACAUUGCUAAAUCCCAGGAUGCAGAGGUUGGUGAUGGCACAACUUCUGUUACUCUCCUGGCUGCUGAAUUCUUAAAGCAAGUGAAGCCAUAUGUGGAAGAAGGCCUGCACCCCCAGAUCAUCAUCCGUGCUUUCCGUACUGCAACCCAGCUGGCUGUAAGUAAGAUCAAGAAAAUUGCAGUGACAGUCAAGAAGACGGACCACGAGGAGCUGAGAAGCCUACUAGAGAAAUGCGCAUCCACAGCCCUGAGCUCCAAGUUGAUCUCCCAGCAUAAGGACUUCUUUGCCAGGAUGGUGGUAGAUGCUGUCAUGAUGCUGGAUGAGCUGCUACAGAUCAAAAUGAUUGGGAUCAAGAAGGUGCAGGGAGGAGGCCUGGAAGAAUCCCAGCUGGUGGCAGGAGUUGCCUUCAAGAAAACCUUCUCUUACGCUGGCUUUGAGAUGCAGCCUAAGCAGUACGAGUCGCCCAAGAUAGCCUUGCUCAACAUCGAGCUGGAGCUCAAGGCCGAGAAGGACAACGCCGAAAUUAGAGUCAACUCUGUGGAGGAUUACCAAGCCAUUGUGGAUGCCGAGUGGAACAUCUUGUAUGACAAGCUGGAUAAGAUCCACAAGUCGGGGGCCAAAGUUGUGCUCUCCAAGCUUCCCAUUGGCGAUGUGGCUACUCAGUACUUUGCCGACAGGGACAUGUUCUGUGCCGGCCGAGUCCCCGAAGAGGACCUCAAAAGGACCAUGAUGGCCUGUGGCGGGUCCAUCCAGACGAGUGCAAAUGCCCUGACGGAUGAUGUCCUUGGGCAGUGCGCACUCUUUGAGGAGGCGCAGAUUGGAGGAGACAGGUAUAACUUUUUCACUGGCUGCCCAAAGGCCAAGACGUGCACGAUAAUCCUGCGUGGCGGGGCAGAGCAGUUCAUCGAAGAGACGGAGCGUUCCCUUCACGAUGCCAUCAUGAUUGUCAGGAGAGCCAUCAAGAAUGACUCUGUUGUUGCUGGCGGGGGUGCAAUAGAGAUGGAGCUCUCCAAGUAUCUCCGCGAUUACUCCAGGACCAUUCCAGGGAAGCAACAGUUGCUGAUCGGGGCAUACGCCAAAGCCUUGGAGAUCAUUCCACGCCAGCUCUGCGACAAUGCUGGCUUCGAUGCCACCAACAUCCUCAACAAGCUUCGAGCCAAGCAUGCACAGGGUGGGAAGUGGUACGGCGUGGAUGUGAACAAUGAAGACAUCACUGACAACUUUGAGGCUUUCGUGUGGGAGCCGGCUGUUGUCCGCAUCAAUGCCCUGACGGCAGCGUCGGAGGCGGCUUGCCUCAUCGUGUCUGUGGACGAGACCAUCAAGAAUCCCCGCUCCACAGUGGAUGCCCCUCCUGCAGGCCGUGGCAGAGGGCGAGGCCGGCCACACAACCACUGAGGGCCGCACACUCUGCCAGCCGCACAGGAUCCGGGGACCCCAAGCAGGAGAUCAGGACACUGUUGCUCGGUACUCCUCACUUGAGUCUGUUCUACCGUCGGAGGACCGACCCCACUUUUGAUGCUCACAGGGCCAUUCUCUGCUACAUCUGGGGGCGGGGAGGUGUGUGCCCAGGGGUGCUCCGUGUCCAGUGGGUGGAUUUCUCUCUUGAGAGGGAAGGUCCUACAUCCUUGAACACUCACGUCCAAGUCCCCGAGGUGGUGCCAAGCUUUCCUCUUGUGGUUUAUUUUUGUCCUUCAACUCUGAAGCUUUGGGCCCCCCAGAUAUGUGUGAUGCUGGCAUUGUGCUGGAAAGUGUAGGUGGUUGGCUGUUGACUGUAUUUAUUGGUUAUUCUGCUGCGGGUUUGAACCCAGGCAUGAACAAAACAACAUAAAAAGUGGGUUUCACAUCCUUGGCUGUA